AUGGAUAAUGAUUUUAGGAAUCAUAUUUUGAAAGAACACAAUAGUUUCAGAAAUUACAUAGCAAGUGGAAAGGAGAAACGGAGCGGUGCUACGUCUGCAUCCAAUAUGAUGGUUCUUAAUUACGAUUUUGAUCUCGAAUUUUCAGCUACUUGCACCGCUAAUAAAUGUAAAAUAGAACACGAUCAAUGUACACGUACUAGAAAAUUUUAUUAUGUAGGAACAAACCUUCAUAGAGGAUCUUUAGAAACAUCACAAAAGGCAGCAGUAAACGACUGGUAUUCGGAAAUUUUAUUUAUGCGGCCUGAACUUUUCGAUCGCUACUUAAUUAUACUGGCUGCUAGAAACUUUACUCAAGUUGUCUGGGCUAGGACAACGCACAUUGGAUGCGGAAGAGCACAUUCAGAAGGUAGUUAUUAUUUGGCUUGUAAUUACGGCCCAUCUGGAAAUAAGCUUUAUGGCUCUGUUUACAAAAAAGAAAAACUUUAUGCUGGCCAAUCAAAAAAUGAACAAGACACCUUUUUAAUGGGGUGUAUUGAAAGAUUCGAUGUCAAACGGCACAGACCAACAGUUGAUCAUUCAAAACAAAUCAAUGCCUCAUUUAAGUAUUAUGUGAUCGUGUCUGGAAAUCGUUCAGAAGUAUGUCGCAAAGCAUUCAUAAGUUUGUAUGCAAUUUCACACAAAAUAGUUAUCAGACUCACAAAUCUCUUGGCGAAGGGAAUGUCUCCUCUUGACAUGAGAGGCAAGCAUUUAAAUUGUGUUAAUACUAUUCCAACCACUAUAACUACCAAAAUACAUGAACAUAUCGAUUCAUAUCCUAAAUAUUUAACCCAUUACACUAAGCAACCUAUAACCUAUUUGGAUGCUAAGCUAGAUGUACUGAAAAUGUAUGAUAUGUUUCUUCAAAAACACCCUGACCUUGGAACAAAAGUAAAGUACGAGUUUUUUCUAAAAUACUUCAAAGAAAAUUUUGGAUAUAGAUUUGGGAAGCCACAAGUCGACGUAUGUUCAACUUGCGAAGACCUUCAAACUAAACUAAAAUCCACUACAUUGAAUGAUAACGCUAAACGUACCGCUGCUGCAGAGCUAAUAGUGCAUAAGAGACGUGCAAAAAAAAUUUUACACUAA